AUGUCGCUCCACCUCGACUUUCGAUCAGCCUCCGGGCAUGCGGUAUCCUUACUCUCCACUUUAGAUUCGCGGGGCGUAGGAUCUCGACCAGUCUAUGCGAAUGAGGUCCCAACACCACCAGUGCCCCCUCGAGAUGAGCUUUUGCCAGUACCUUCAUGGUCAGAGCGGCCAUCUCCGACUCCUACAAACCUUUUAUCUUCCGUUGAUCCCCCACGCCGCUGCCAUCUGCCAUCUGCCAUGACAGAUCUGAAGCUGGGCAUGGACCCCGGAUCAGUGCCAAUCACACCCUUCUGCUACUUUGUUGCCCCGGAGUUAUUCACGUCGCCGAGAGUGUUCCAUCGAUUUAGGGAUUUACCGCUAGAAAUUCAUCGCAUCAUCUUUCGCUUCUGUGAUACGCCCACGCUGUUCCAUCUCAUGCACACGUGCUCCUACAGCAGACUGGAAUGUUUAGACCUGUUCUGGAAAUUUCGUGAUGGAAAUACUUGGUAUCGGAUGGAUGUUGGAGAGAAUGAGUCCUUUGGUCAAUAUCCGACGGUAUACGACUGCCCUGAGUUUGCCUCACGAGUCACGCAAGUGGAGAUUUAUGUAUCCCACUACGUGUGUGGGCGGGAAGCAGAGUUUUGGGAGAGGUUUCAGGACAUAUUCUCAUCAGCGCAAAGAGUGGUCUUUUUUGAUCCCUGUCUCGGACAGUGGUCGUUCACUCGAAUCAUCCAGGACCACAAAGGCGAGAAAUACGCAAUGUCGGAGCUUAUGGCGCUGGUGCCACCGAAUAUCACUGCUUUCGUUGCAACUCCACGUGAGGGAGAGGGAGCCGGCUUGCGUUCCCGACUAUGGAGCAUGCAAGACUCUAGGUUGAGCCUUGUACAAGAUUCUUGGACACCGAUGCGGGUUGUGCUACCUCCAAGAAGAGUCCGUCCUGGUAUAUUGAACUGCUUCCUGACCAGCGGGCAACUUGGCAGAAAGGCAAUUCGCGAAAAAUACGGCGCAGAGUGGCUUACUUGGAAGACCUACGUGCUUUAUGCGGAUGCCAGUGGGAUCGACUGUCCGUAUCCAGACUGUAACCGCAAAUUUCCCAACGAGGGGGAAUGGGAAUGGCAUCUUCCAGAGUAUCAUGGAAGAACCUCAAGGAAUGCUUUAAAACAGGGCAAGCUCACGUAUUGUCGAAACACCCCAGCUGAGUUGAAGGCUGUUCUUGACGAGAAACAGCGUCGCAUCGACCAAGCAAAUCUGAUGAGAAGAAUCGCGGGCAAGGAAUUGAUCCAACGGUAUCGUCAGCAUGGAGAGCAAGGCACACAUCGAUUUAAAGAAGCCCUUUCUGAGCAAUUAAAGGAAUAUGGAUUUUCCUCGUACGCUGGAUCACUUCACCAGUGGGAAUUAUGGCAAAACUUUCCAUCAGAAUGGCAAGAUGGUUGGGACGAUGAACCGGGCUACCCCGAAGAUUACGAAGUGGAUUCAGAUCAGGAAUGUCCCCUAGAAGAGGAUUUGGACUAUGAUUAUGUCGGGGAAGAAUAUUUUGUUUACCCAGAGUGA